AUGGUGUCAGAGUCUGAAGCCCGCGAGAUCUACGCCUCGGCGAUUCACUUCGACGGGCUGAACAUUUGCAACUGGUCUCGCGACAUCUUUGAGGCAUGGCAUAAGGGUGGUAUCACCGGCGUGUCGUGCACCUGUGGACUCUGGGAGGGUUUCCGGGAUAGCAUCGCCAAUGUCGUCCAGUGGAAGAAGUGGUUCGAGGAGCACUCGGACUUGAUCGUACAAGCGCACACUGUCGCCGACAUCCGGGCGGCAAAGAAGGCAGGAAAGACGGCCGUCCUGCUCUCAUGGCAAAACACGGCGGGUAUCGAGGACAAGCUGGACUACCUCCGCGUCUUCAGGGACCUCGGCGUCAAGAAGAUGCAGCUCACGUACAAUACCCAAAAUUACUCCGGAGCAGGCUACACCGAGAUCAACGACUCGGGCCUCACGGGUUUCGGCCGAGAGGUUGUCGAUGAAAUGGCCAAGCUGGGCAUGGUUGUCGAUCUGAGCCAUGUCGGCUACAAGACCUCGGAGGAUGUCAUCAAGUACGCGCCCGAGGGCAAGCCCCCUUGCUUCUCUCACGUGCUGCCGUGCGGCCUCAAGGAUCACCCCCGAAACAAGCCUGACGAGCUUAUCAAGCUGCUGGGCUCUCGUGGUGGCUUUGUCGGACUAUCCCAGUUCGGCCCGCACAUGGCAAAGGGCAACGACAGCACCAUUGACGACUACGUCGACGCCCUUGACCAUGUUAUUGGUCUCAUUGGAGAGGAUCUGGUUGGUAUCGGCUCUGACGCCAGCGAGGGACACGGACGGCCCAGCGAGUUCAUGGCGUGGUGCAACAAGGACAAGGGCUACGCCCGACAACUGACUCCUUGGGGCAGCCAGAAGGUCAUCAAGCCUUUGGGACCCCUGGCAGAAAGAGCUGAACUCGCUUGCGCCAUGGCUAGGAAGGGCUGGAGCGAGGAGAAGAUGCGUAAGGUACUGGGCGAGAACUGGCUGCGCUAUCUCGAGAAGAUCAUUGGCUCAUAG